AUGGGCAUCCCGCGGUCCCCACUGGCCCUACCCCCCUCCAGGGGCGAGAAUGUCAGUUUUGCGAGACUCGAGACUCCUCGAGCCAGGGAUGGAGGCGUCCCCGAGCGCGAGAUCCGCCCGAGAGCCCACCGGAAACGGCUGAGGGGGAAGUUUACGUCGCGUAUUCUUACCUCGUUGGGGACGCGGGUCCUCCGGGCGGGGGCUGCCCAGGACCUGAGCUCCUUCGCCAUGCCGCUCCUGGACGGAGACCUGGACGCUUCGGAAAAGCAUUCCUCCCGGAAGGUGGACAGUGCCUUCAGCUCGGGCAGCCCCUCCAAGGGGCUCUUCUCCAGAGGCCCGCAGCACCGCCCCUCCAGCCCGGUGUCUGCGCCCGUGCGGCCCAGGACCAGCCCGGGCUCGCCCAAGACCGUGUCCCCGUUCUCCUACCAGGAGUCGCCGCCGCGCUCCCCGCGACGCAUGAGCUUCAGCGGCAUCUUCCGCUCCUCCUGCAAGGACUCCUCGCCCGGCUCCAACCCGUCUACCUCGCCCGGGGGCCUCCGGUUCUUCUCCCGCUCCAGAAAAAGUAAGACACUGACGCUCUCGCCUCAGUCGGUGGACCUGUGGCCGGAGACGCAGCCCUGGGAGGGACGGAGGCGGGGGCGCGGGAGACGGGGCCGGGCGGCCAGGGCCUUCCGUCUGCACGCCCUUCCCGGCGCUCCCGGGCCGGCUGCGCUGCAGGGUCGCGGCCUGGAGCCGAGGUCACGAAGCCCGACUGGCCCAAGCAGCCCCGGCGGGGGGGUGACUGAGCUGGCUGGCAGGGCCCGUUCCCCUGAGCGCCACCACGUAGGGCGAAUCCUCCCGGGUGCCCGGCCGGCGCAGGUCCGUCUCCUGGAGGUAGAAGAGAUCCGAAGUGACCGGGCGGCCUCCGGGCCCUCGGACGGGCUGAGGCGAGACAGCAGAAGCAGCUGGGCGGCUGACCGCGGCCUGGAGCGCAUGCAUCAGGGCGGUUGCGUCACGUCUCGGGGUGCACCUCGGGCCAGCGGGCCAGCAGCCGGGAGCGGCCAGUCCUCCCCGGGGCGGCUGCCCCGCUGGGCACGUGUCCCCCACUCGGCCUCCUGCCUGCCAGCUGACUGGGAGGAGGAGCCCGCGCCCCCCACGGCCCGGUGUCUGGGCGUUCCCCCACCUCAGGCGCCCAGGCAGGCCCGCGGGACUGUGCUGCGCUCUGGCCGCUGCUUGGCCGCGGGAGGACGGCGGCUGGCCAUCUGCUGCCCAGUGCCUCGGGAGCCUCGCCUCCUGGGAGGGACACGGUGGGGUGCCCUGGCCCUGGCCGCCGGCCAGCCGCCCCAAGGCGAGGACCUGCCGGCUGCCUGCACCCAGCUGCCACGGCGGCCGCAGCGGGUCUCUGAGCUCAGGUGCUGCACCCCGGGGCCACCCCUGCCCGCCGAUGCUGCCACCACGGCCACCGCUCCCCACGCAGGGCCUCGGGAGUCUCGGGAGCGCAAGGACCCGAGCAAGGACCGGAGCGGGGUGCCCAGUGGCGCAAACCCCCCCUCCCGCGAGUGGCUGCGUCCUCCGUUGAUGAAGCUCUGCCCCAUCCUUUGCUGUGAAAAGACGUUGCAAGCGCGGUUGCUGGUGGUCUUUGUGCAUGUGGGCGCGUGGACCGUGAAGUGGACUCCGGGAGUAAAGCUGGUGUGA